CAAAUUCUGUUAACAGCAGUUUGUAUUAUUUGGUCUAUAGAAGUGUUUGGUGGAUAUUUAAUAACAGAUGGAGCUGUUAAACGAAACGAGCCGCGUGUGCGCUCGACUCGGCUCAGCUCGUUAAGGCUCGAGUUUGGCUCGGCUAAACGAGUUAGGCUAUUGGGCAAGUUAUCUUCUUGGGAAGUUACGUACUUCUGCAAUUCGACUCGUCAAAAAAUUUGUGUGUCUUAUCACUCAGUUAAUGUAUCAUGUUAUGUCAUAUUUCUAUGUUUAAUCAUGUCGAACGUUUCCAAUAUUCAGAUGCCGCCACGUAGGGAUCCAGAUCAUCAGGAGGUUCCCCAGGCCACCGUAGCCACUCAGUUUCACGACUACCAUCCAGAGAAAUUUUCCGGUCAGGGAGAUCCCCGAAUCGUGGACGAAUGGGUCCAGGGUCUUGAAAUGAUUUUCAAGAUCAUGGACUGUCCCAACCGUUAUCGCGUUCUAUGCGCACAGAUCCAAUUGACGGGUGACGCACGUCUCUGGUGGAAUGCCUACUGGGGGAUGCGUCCCCGCGAAAAGGAAGCUUGUACGUGGGACAAAUUUAAGGAGUUGAUUUGUGAGAAAUACUAUCCUGCGUACUACCGAGCGGAAAUAGAGCGUCAAUUUUUGGCGCUAAAACAGGAUACUCGUACAGUGGACGAGUAUGAACGGGAAUUUACUCGACUGGGAGCCUUUUUCCCCGAUCUGGUGAGCACAGAGGCAAAGAGAUCGAGACGUUUCAUUGACGGGAUUUUGCCAGCAGUCCGUCAUAACAUUGUAGGACAUGGAGUCCAGUCCUACGCCCGUACCGUUACUAUAGCACAGGAGGUGGACGCUAGCAUCCGGAGGGAGGCCAACCAUGAUCGUCUUCAGCCAAUUGCCCCUGCCCAAUCAUCCUCAGCACCACCCAUUCAACCAACUGCUACUCAACGACCGAAGGACAAGAAGAGAAAGGAGAAAGGCUUCCAGACCGAUAGGAGGAUCCGUCCGAGACAGCCAGAUGCAGCCAAACCGCAGCAGAUUCCACCAUGCACUACCUGUGGACGACCUCAUCGUGGAGAGU